AUGCAGCAAAGGGUGAAAGGUUUUCCUCUUCCUCUGGUCAGUGUGGGUCAGGAGGUACAGAGAGCCAGUGUCAUCAGUAACCUGCCGAGCCUCGUCCGCCAGAAUCCAGCUGAGACGUUUCGUCGGGUUGUACCGAAGGUCAGGGAGGUCCUGAACGGAGCUGGAGCAGAAAUCCAGCUGGCGGCAGCAGCGUCGUUUUUAACUAUCCUGCAGGAUGACAUCAUCCUAAUCCACACCCACACCUACUCCAUCCUGAAGACUGUGCUGCUACACCUGAACCACAGAGACACAGUGGUGAGCAACGCCUGGUUGGAAACUCUGCUGUUGGCCAUCAAUGCUCUGCCCAGGGAGACCAUCAAACAGGAGGUGCUGAACCCUCUCCUCUAUCAGUCUCAGCUGUCUCACUCCCUUCAGGCUCGUCUGGCCAGCUGUCGCAUUUUAGGGAAAGUCGCCUGCAAGUUUGAUUCUCACAUAGUGAAGAAGGAGCUGCUGCCGUUGAUUCGUUCUUUAUGUCAGGACGUGGAAUUUGAGGUCCGGGCCUGUAUGUGCCGACAGCUGGAGAACAUCGCCAGAGCAACCGGGGUGGACGACACCAGGACUGAGCUGCUUCCUGAACUGGUGGAGCUUGCCGAAGACGAGGAGAGCAGUGUUCGCCUCGCUGCCUUCGACACCAUCAUCAACUUGAUGGAGAUGAUAGACAAUGAUGACAGACUCCAUGUUGUGGUUCCCCUGGUUAUGUCGGUAUGUGAGGUGUCAUCACAGGCGGACGAAGCUGUUGUGGCGUCUUUGUCGUUCCAGUUUGGGAAGCUCUGCAGUGGACUGGCAGUUUUAAAACAGGGUAAAGGAAGGUGUGGACCAGCAGGGAUCCUGGAGGGGUCAUGGAAGUUUGUCCAUCCAGUCUACAUGUGUUUUAAACACAAUGAGCCAACAGUGAGACUAAAGCAGAAUCUUUUCAUGGCUGCCGGACGAAGCGUUGACGGUUCAUCUGGUUGUUUCUGGUCCUCAGAUCUGGCUCAGGGGCGUAGCUACUGGAACCGUCUGAGGUUCCUUGAUGUUUGUGAAACAGCCACCGAGAUCUUCUCCAGAAAAUACUUCAACAAGCACUUCCUGAUCCCGGCACUGGAGCUGGUCCACGACCCGGUCGCCAACGUCAGGUACAAGCUGUGUCAGCUGUUGCCCAGAUUGCGUUCGUCGCUCCGCCUGCCGGCCGACAAGCAGCUCCUGCAGCAACUCGACUUCUGUGUCCAGAAACUGCUCUGCAGAGAGAAAGACAAGGACGUGGUGGCCACCAUCCGCAAGACAGUGUUGGAACUGGACAAACUGGACCUCACAGAGCCUUUUCACAAGAGGCAGGAGAGAGAUUUACUGGACCAGAAGAAGGAGAAAGAGGAGACUCUGCUGCUGGAGAUGGAACAGCUGGAGCGCCAGCAGAGCGAGGGGAAACUGAACUCUGAGAAACACACUGAGAGAAAACGAAGAGACAGUAAGACCAGUCUAUCUGCUACCAAAUCCAUGUCUGUGUCCUCGUCUGGAGCCGCCUUGUCCUCCUCUGAAGCUCCAGCUCUCUCCUGCAGAGCUCCCCGGGUUCAAGCAGCUGUCUGUGGGCGGGUGGUAUUCAGUAAAGACAUGAGAAAGGCUAAAUUGUCACGGAGUCGAUCCCUCAGCAGUCAGCCAACAACUUCCAAAUCUACCAACUCAGAUCGACCCCUGAAGGUGAAAGAGCUAAGCAGUAGUUCUGUACCUGGGAAGUCCUCAAUGUUAGCAAGCAAAGACGACUCUCUGAGGACAGCCCACUUCACCAUGGCAACCCAGUCCACCUCCUCCAUGCCGGUCCUGAUCCGCAGCAACACCACCAGCCUCCUGGACAGGGCCAGCACGCUGGACCACAGAACCGGCACCCUAGACCAGAGGGAUCAUAGAACCAUUACUCUGGACCACAGAGCCAGUAACAUGGACCAGAGAGACCACAGGGCCAGUAACAUGGACCAGAGAGACCACAGAACCAGUAACAUGGACCAAAGAGACCACAGAACCAGUAACAUGGACCAGAGAGACCACAGAACCAGUAACAUGGACCACAGGAACAAUAUGAUGGAGCAGAGAACCAGUACAAUGGACCACAGAACCAGUACCCUGGACCAGAGAGACCAUAGAACCAGUACCCUGGACCAUAGAGACCACAGAACCAGUACCCUGGACCAGAGAGACCACAGAACCAGUACCCUGGACCAGAGAGACCAUAGAACCAGUACCUUGGACCAGCGCAGUAAAACGAUGGACCGUGGCUGCGGGGUGAAGGACAGCCAGUCCAGAAAGCUGUCGAUAAACAGGAAGUCGAACUCUUUCAGCGUCCAGUCAGGACGAGACUAAAGAUGACGAUGUCAUCAUACCUCCACCAGGCCAUCAGCCAAUCAACAGUCAGGGAGCCGUUUCCAUAUAAACAGCAGCUUUACGAGUUAAAGGACGAAACACGCUUCAGAACAUUACCCAGAAUGCACCAGGACUGCCUCCUCUGUUUCUCACAGAGACUGCUUUUAUUUUCUCAGCACUGUGUAUCCAACGAGCUCAUCCUGUCACCUGAUUGGUUCAGUAAAUGCCUCAUACAGAC